GAGAGACACCUCGGAGGCCUGGCUGAGGCAGGUGCGCUGCCUCAGGCCGCUCAGCCCUCUGUCUCCUUGCCCCAGGUGCAAUCAUGUCGGGCUUCGACGAUCCCGGCAUUUUCUACAGCGACAGCUUCGGUGGCGACCCCGGCGCCGACGAGGGCCAGGCCCGCAAGUCGCAGCUGCAGAAGCGCUUCAAGGAGUUCUUACGGCAGUACCGAGUGGGCACGGAUCGCACGGGCUUCACCUUCAAGUACAGGGAUGAACUCAAGCGGCAUUACAACUUGGGGGAAUACUGGAUCGAGGUGGAGAUGGAGGAUCUGGCCAGCUUUGACGAGGAACUGGCUGACUACUUGUACAAACAGCCAGCCGAGCAUCUGCAGCUGCUUGAGGAAGCUGCCAAGGAGGUGGCUGAUGAGGUGACCCGGCCCCGGCCUGCCGGGGAUGAGCUGCUGCAGGACAUCCAGGUCAUGCUUAAGUCAGAUGCCAGCCCUUCCUGCAUUCGGAUUCUGAAGUCAGACAUGAUGUCACACCUGGUGAAGAUCCCUGGCAUCAUCAUCUCGGCCUCCGCAGUCCGUGCCAAGGCUACUCGGAUCUCCAUUCAGUGCCGCAGCUGUCAUAACACCCUCACUAAUAUCGCCAUGCGCCCAGGCCUAGAGGGCUAUGCCCUUCCCAGGAAGUGUAAUAUGGAUCAGGCCGGGCGUCCAAAGUGCCCACUGGACCCAUACUUUAUCAUGCCUGACAAGUGCAAGUGUGUGGACUUCCAGACCCUGAAACUACAGGAGCUGCCCGAUGCAGUGCCUCAUGGUGAGAUGCCCAGGCACAUGCAGCUCUACUGUGACAGGUACCUGUGUGACAAGGUUGUUCCUGGGAACAGGGUCACCAUCAUGGGCAUCUAUUCUAUCAAGAAGUUUGGCUUGAACCACAGCAAGGGCCGGGACAGGGUGGGUGUAGGUAUCCGGAGUUCCUACAUCCGGGUCCUGGGCAUCCAGGUGGACACAGAUGGGUCUGGCCGCAGCUUUACCAGCUCUGUCAGCCCACAGGAAGAGGAAGAAUUUCGGCGCCUGGCGGCCCUCCCCAACAUAUAUGAGCUCAUCUCCAAGAGUAUUUCCCCCUCCAUCUUUGGGGGCAUGGAUAUGAAGAAGGCUAUUGCCUGCCUGCUCUUUGGGGGUUCCCGGAAGAGGCUUCCAGAUGGACUCACUCGGCGAGGUGACAUCAACCUGCUGAUGUUGGGGGACCCUGGCACAGCCAAGUCACAGCUUCUGAAGUUUGUGGAGAAGUGCUCUCCCAUUGGUGUGUACACAUCUGGGAAAGGCAGUAGUGCUGCUGGCUUGACUGCCUCAGUGAUACGGGACCCCUCAUCUCGAAACUUCAUCAUGGAAGGUGGAGCCAUGGUUCUGGCCGAUGGUGGGGUUGUCUGUAUUGAUGAGUUUGACAAGAUGCGGGAAGAUGACCGUGUGGCAAUCCAUGAAGCCAUGGAGCAGCAGACUAUCUCCAUUGCCAAGGCUGGGAUCACUACCACCUUGAACUCUCGCUGCUCUGUUCUGGCUGCAGCCAACUCAGUGUUUGGCCGAUGGGAUGAGACAAAAGGGGAGGACAAUAUUGACUUCAUGCCUACCAUCUUGUCCCGAUUUGACAUGAUCUUCAUUGUCAAGGAUGAGCACAAUGAGGAGAGGGAUAUGAUGCUGGCCAAACAUGUGAUCACUUUGCAUGUUAGUGCGCUGACACAGACACAGGCUGUGGAGGGUGAGAUCGACCUGGCCAAGAUGAAGAAGUUCAUUGCCUACUGCCGAGCGAGGUGCGGCCCUCGGCUCUCAGCAGAGGCAGCAGAGAAGCUGAAGAACCGCUACAUCAUCAUGCGGAGUGGGGCUCGUCAGCAUGAGAGGGACAACGACCGCCGUUCCAGCAUCCCCAUCACUGUGCGGCAGCUGGAGGCUAUUGUGCGCAUUGCUGAGGCCCUCAGUAAGAUGAAACUACAGCCCUUUGCCACUGAGGCUGAUGUGGAGGAGGCGCUAAGGCUAUUCCAGGUGUCCACCCUGGAUGCUGCGUUGUCUGGCAAUCUGUCAGGAGUGGAAGGCUUCACUAGCCAGGAGGACCAGGAGAUGCUGAGCCGCAUUGAGAAGCAACUUAAGCGACGCUUUGCCAUUGGCUCCCAGGUGUCUGAACACAGCAUUGUCCAGGACUUCACCAAGCAGAAAUAUCCAGAACACGCCAUCCGAAAGGUGCUGCAGCUCAUGCUGCGCAGGGGUGAGGUCCAACACCGCAUGCAGCGCAAGGUGCUCUAUCGCCUCAAGUGAUCCUACUGCGCAUCAACCCUCAAACCUGGAAUGCCGCACCACCCCACC